AUGUCGGAGGAAAAGCAGAAAUGGAGCGUCCUCGAAAGUUGGCGUUUCUUCACAAGGGAAGAGAAGCGCAAUAUCGCAUUCUACAUCGCAGGAAUCAUGUUGUACAAGUUCGGUUUGGAGGCUUAUAACGGUUCAGUCAUCGCUUUGGCGACUAACAGAUACGACUAUGAUGCCUAUAUCGGUGGCUACCAAAGAAGGACAUUCGAGAGAGUUGGGUUAUUACAAGGCCUCAACCAGGCCUUCCAGUGCUUGGGUUCCAUCCUUAUUGCUCCCCUGAUUAAGAGAUUCAAGACAAGAACCGUUCUCGCGAUCGCUGUCAUAGUCUUUGCGCUCUUCGCAUCUCUUUUGCUUAUCAUCGACCGCGCUACUGGUGGUUAUCUCAAACCAAAAGGCUGGGAUCAGACAUACGACAAGAACAACUUUGCUUACUAUGGUGACUAUAACACCGAUGCUAUGAUUCCAAUUUACUGUCUGUCUGGUAUCUCGUACGGUAUGGUCGAAUUGAUCAGACGUGUUAUUCCUCGAGAUAUUGUCGGAGGAAAUAUGCAAAAGUUGAAGAGAAUGGACUCCCUCGUUCACAUUUUCUACGAAAUUACUGGUACUACUGGCGCUUUGUGUACCGCCCUCGCCUUGAUCCCCGCCUGCGGAAACAACCAAUCAUUCAUUAUCACCCCACUCCUCUACUUUUGCGCCGCUUCUAUGUGGUUCAUGAUCAGAUUACCACACUCUUAUCAAGUGGAGGUUGGCAAUGAGAAAAACUAUCUCUUACAGGUUGCCGAUGGAUGUGUUCUGUUCGUGAUGUCCGCUGUAAAGGGCGCAACGAUCGUCAUGUCCUCCCGUCGGUUCAUCUGGCUUCUCCCCGGUUAUACUUUCGCUUUGUUCGGUCAUCGUUUCCUUGAAAACAACAUUGGCUCUUACGUUGCAAAGCGUUACCUCGGACAAUCUGCUUGGGCACAGAUCAUUAUCGCCGGUUCCAACUUUGGUGAACUGUUGGGUGCGCUCUUUGUGUUCCUGUUCACCAACCUUGUCCAUACACCAAUCCCAUGGCUCCGAUCUGAUGCCAUCCUCCUCCUUAUUGUUUGGUACCUGCCAUACUGGAAGCCACCAAGCGGCCAAGUUAACCAAGCGUGGAUUGGAGCUGCGACAUUCAUUCCAAUCUCCUUCGGUUGGGCGGCUGGUGAUGUCUCGCUUGCCGCUUACAUCCAAGCUUCCUUAGCUCGUUUGGAAUCCCAAGAAAACUCCAUUUCGCCAUUAGGUGCCGUCAUGGGUUUCCUCUACUCAAGCUACAUCAUCAUCUACGCCAUUGUCUCUCCACUUGUUGGAAGAUACAUCGACAGAGUUAGCGAACAGAACGAUGAGCAGAUUCAGUCCGGUAUCUUCUAUAUUGCCGGUGUCCACUUCAGCAUUUUGUCUGGUAUCAUGCUUUUGUCCACUUUCAUUCCAAGAGGCUCCUUCGCCCUCAACCCCAAGUUGCUCGACGACGUCGAGCUCAAUCAAGACGAAGAGUCUUCCGGUGCCGAAGAAGAACAAGAAGACCACUUAGAGAAGAUUCCUGUUGGAAAAGUCGAUCACUAA